GUCUCAUCUUGAUGCCCUCUGGUCUCAUUCCCUUUCUUCCCUCCAUCUCUUCUUUCUCCAUCCCUCGCUCUCUUGGGACCCCUCACAUACUGACCUGCGGGGAGAUCGGAGAGAGAUCAUGCUGUCUGUACUGGCACUGACCUCCGUGGUGCUCUUGGGCAUAGCCUCUCAGAGCACGGCUUUAGUGGUGUACACAAACUGGGAGAAACAUGCAUUGGUGGGCUCAGAUGUCAGACUCUCCUGCUCUUUCUUCUCCUGGCAGUGGACUUCUCCCGACGUGUCCUUUACAUGGCAAUACCGUCAAGAUGGGGCUAAGGACAGCAUCUCGAUUUUCCACUAUGCUGGUGGAGAAGCUUAUCCAGCUAAUAAAGGCCCAUUCCAGAACCGCCUGGAGUUUGUGGGCAACCCCAGUCGCCGUGACGGUUCUAUCCUGAUCAAGGACCUUGAUUUCGGAGACAAUGGAACCUUCACCUGUGAUGCCAAGAACCCACCUGACAUUGCUGGCCACCCCUCAACUGUUCGACUCCUGGUGUUUGAGAAGGUUCCAGUGCAGGCUGGUGUGAUAACGGGGUCCAUUAUUGGCGUAGUGUUGGGACUGCUGAUCCUCGUUGUGGCAAUUUACUAUCUGAUGCGUUUCCUGGUAGCCAGACGGGUGUUCAGCUUGAGCAUGAGCAAACAUGGCAAGAAAGGCAAAGGAAAAGAAGGAUCACAGCAAAAACAGGCUUCAGCUGUGACGGAUCCGGCCAAGCUGAAGGCGGCAGCAUCAGAGAAGAAGAAACAGGAGUCUCGCAGGGAGAAGAAAUAGGGAUUGUGGAGCAGAGAGCUAGAGCUACAGAGCGGGGCCGCCUCCGCCCAUUCCCAUGCCCAGGAGGAGGCAGCGGGGAUGGGCGGGCAGGGCAGGGUUCUUAUGACCAUUGAGCUAGAGCUCACUAAACAGGAGAAAGAGGGAGGGCAAACUAAAACCGGUCCCGCCGCGUUCUUUUCUCAACUCGCGCGCAAAAUUACUCUCAAAUGAACGAGACUGGUAUGAAGAGAAGAGGGGGUGGUGGAGAGUUUUUGGAGGCGAGGAGUGAAAGAUGAAUCCUUUAUAAAACAGGAGGACAGGAGAGGGGUGAAGUUUUGCUCUUUGUAAUAUCAACUGUGUGGUUUAAAAGAGAAAGAAAAACACUGUGUCCAAUUUUGGUGCAUCAUGAUAAAAGACAAGCUAUAAUCUUUCAUAAAUUGCUUGAAGAAAAUGUAUAGUUAUAAAAUAUCGUUAAUAAUAAUUAUCUGGGUAGCUCCACUCACAUUACAAUCUUGUUAGUCCGAAUGGGUUUUGGACUAAAAUGUCUUAAGCAUGCUGUGACAAGAUAUUUUAUAAUUAUAUCAUUGAUACAAAUCUGGGUGUUUCUGCCCAAAUUGCAGUCUCAUUGAAGUAAAAUCACACCUACUGUGAGGUUCAAACUCAGAAAACCUGGAACAAAUGGAAGAAAUUAUGAUUAAUGUCAGAAUUCUGUUUCUGUUACGUAAAUCCAAGUAUCUUUAAAAAAUAAAUACAAUUAUAAAUAACUUGGUUAGUGUUUUUUGUGCUACACUGACAGCAGCACUUGUUGCGUGAACUCCACUAUUUGGAUAAUUUAGAUCAUUUUUGGAUUGCAUUUCUCCUAAUGUCACUAGUUCACACUCAAUGCAUUUUUUUCCAAAACAUCCCAUAAUUUCCAAAAUUUCAGCCUCUACUGAAUGGUUGAUAUGUUGGUUUGUCGUAAAAGUACCGGAAAUUAAUACAUAUACUUUGAAAAAUCAGAAAAGUGUGAGACCAAUUUAUUUAAAAACAUAAUCAAAAUCAAGUAUGCCAUAAAAUAUUUCAGAUAAAUUUUUUUUUAAACCAAAAUCAAGUGUAGUAGUGCAACAGGAUUAUGUUUGUUAGAUUUUUUUAUAAACCAUCAAUGCUGUGUGUGUAAACCAUUAUUUAAAACAGUCUUUAAACAGUCAUUAUUUAAAAGCGUCAAAAUAUGGUCAACCAUUUGGUAGAGCAGGCAGUUAAAGGGUUAAGUAGAUGAAUAUCUGUGCAAAGGAGUUCAUAUGCACAAUAUUUCUUUUUUAAUAAGUCAGAAAUGUAGCAUUUUGAAUAAUUCUUCCUCAUUUUAUAUCCAAAAUGCUAAAAUCUUGGUUUCAUCCAGGCUUAAAUGCCAGGUUUUCAACGUUUGAACCUCUCUAGGCAUAUAAUGUGAAGCUGUUCUGUGAAAAUGCACUCCGUUGUUGUUUUCAAGGAGCACAGAUAAAUUACCUGCGGCCUGAAAGUCUUUGUGUCGCACCUGGUUAGGACACAGUCUUUUAAAAACCCCAAAACACUUCAGCAGCACACAUUCACAACAAAACCCCAAGCUGAGAGCCUUCAGCUCCCCGCACACUGUGACAGAUGUGUUUGAGAGCUGUAACAGUGGCAGAAUGCUCAACAUUUCCACUUGUAAAAGGGAUAGUUCAUGCAAAAAUGGAGAAAUGCUAAUCCUUCACUUGUUUGAGUUUCUUCUGAAGGAAGACAUGCUGAAGAAUGACUUCCACAACCAUUGACUUCCAUAGUAUUUUUUAAUCCUACUAUAAACCAUUUGAAUGUAGUCAUGUCAUUGGCCCAUGAACAUUUCCUGCUUGUUAUCAAACUAUUUUAUAACUGUAACAAGAGGCUAUUCAGUCAUAACUUAAUUUAAAACAGCUAUCAUAAUAUUAUUUAUCAAUAUGUGGCUCUUUUUGGAUUCUGAGAAGCUAUAGAAAUUACAAAUGUAAAACAGGAAAUACAUUGGGACCAUUGUUUUUGUUUACAUCCCUCAAAGUGGUCUAUGAAUGUCAAUGGCUUCUUUUUCCCCAACAUUCUUCAAAAUAUCUUGUUUUUGUUUAACAGAAGAAAGAAAUUCAUAAUUAUUAGACCGACUUGAGUGUGUUGAAAUGCUAAGGAAAUUACAAUUUUGGGUGAACUAUCCCUUCAAGUGUCAGACCAUCUCUGUCUGUACACAAAUACAAUCCUACACACGAACACAAUCCUAGCCGUAUACUUUUCACACGUUGUUCUCUUGCUGAAAAGUUAUUUUGGAAACUUUAUAUUAAUUGUCUUUUUUCCCUCCCUCUCUUUCUCUGUUUCUACUGCCUGUCUCUGUUUUCUUGUCUGUCUUUGUUCUUCGUCUGCUCUAAUCUCUCUUCCUUAUAGCGUUUCUGACACUUUUUUCUGGUCAUUUUUCUACUUUCACAUGUAUAAUUUCAUCUUAUCAUCUGAUACACUGGUGCUAUCACUUCCUGUAGGCCGGCCCCCUAAA